UAUUGGUAUUUAGACAUACGCAGCUGAUGGUGUAAAAGGUUUGGAUGCGUUGUAGAUUCAAGUUUUUUCAAGGAAUAUUACACGUAAAAAAGAAGAUCUAGAUUUUGGGUAAAAAUGCAGCCAGUCAAAAUAGUCGUCGUUGGAGACGGAGCUGUCGGAAAAACAUGUAUGUGCAUUACUUAUGCAAACGGGGUAUUUCCUAGUGACUAUGUGCCCACCAUAUUCGACAACUAUGCAGCAACAAGCACGUUUGAGGGAAUUUCCUAUAACUUAGCACUCUGGGACACGGCAGGACAAGAAGAAUAUGACAGGUUGAGGCCGUUGAGUUACCCACGCACCAAUGUUUUCCUGUUAUGUUUCUCAGUCGUUUCCCCAGCUUCGUUUUUCAGCAUUUCUUCAAAGUGGCAUCCCGAAGUCAGUCACCAUUCACCCAAAACUCCUUGUAUUUUAAUCGGAACAAAGCAGGAUCUCAGAGAUGACGAAGAAACCGUAAAAAAGCUGAAGAAUACUGAUUCAGCGCCGAUUCGAUAUGAACAAGGAGAAGCGCUAGCAAAGCAACUGGGAGCAGUCAAAUACGUGGAGUGCUCUGCACUAAAGAAAGUAGGGGUAGACUCUGUAUUCCAAGACGCUAUUAGUGCAGUGUUAAACCCUGCUAAACCACCUAAACCAACGAAGAGGUGCGUGUUACUGUAAAGUGGAAAUGAAUAUUUAACGCGGACAUUAUAAAGCUUAAUAAUAUGUUUUUCUUAAUGUUACUUUACUUUUCGAAAAUUUCCUAGUUCUAAUACUUUUGUUCUUUAUUAUUUACGCUUUCUUUUGCUGUUUUUUUUCAUUCGCACAAAAUUUUACCAAAGACGUUUUUAACUACUGCUGUUCAAUUAACCACAAUCUUUUUAUGUUUUAUCUGAAAAUUAUAUUCAAAGAAAUAAAACAAAAAGUAGUUUUGUAUACGU